GAGGCGGCACACUGACGGAGCUCUGACACACUGGCGGCUUGAAUGUGUGUCCGAGGUGCUGCCAGCGGCACCGUAACGUGAACCGAAUACAGGAGCAGAUGGAGAGCACUGGAGUCGCUGCCUGAGCGCGGAGGAGACGGAAGUUCCUCCAACCGGAGAGGUUUAGCCGCCACAAGCUAGCACCACGUCAAGCUAGCAGGUGAGGUUAGCCGGGCGGCUAACGCUAGCUGGCAGAUCUGCGUGCUGGUGGAGGGGGAAAAAAGAAAACGUCAAGUGUUGGCAACUUAAUCGGCGAGGCCUUCGCUUGUCCUAUGGUGUCGCGUCGCUAAGUCGUCUGCACCAAAAUGUCCACGACUUCGUUGGAUAAAGAAUUACAGGAGCGACUGAGAGAGGCGUCUGCCAUCGGGGACAUCGACGAAGUGCGGACGCUCGUGGAGAGUGGGGUGAAUGUGAACUCCCAGAACGAGAUCAAUGGAUGGACCUGCCUACAUUGGGCGUGCAAGAGGAACCAUAAGCACAUAGUGUCCUACUUACUCAGCUGCGGAGCGGACAAAGAAAUCCUGACGGCUAAAGAUGAGUUGGCCUCACAGCUUACAUCAAAACCCGAGAUCAAACGAUUAUUGGGAGUGGAGGUGGAGGAAGUGCCUGAAGUCAAGGAGCCCGAGUUGCCAAUCAUCCCCAAUUACCUGUCCAACCCUCCCUUCAUAUAUUCCAAGCUGGACAACAAGUCCGACAUCCUCCUCGCUCCUCACCUCGCACACAACGGCUCUGGAGAGCACGCCGAAGAUACACAGAGUGAUUCGACCUCUGGCUCCCCGACACACGAGCCUCAGAAACCACAGAGUUUGGCCUCUGACACCCCCUCACCGCCCCCUCCCUCCCAAAAUCACAGCCAACUGCAGGCGGCGGAGUUCAUUCCUGUGGCAGAGCAGAACGGCGUGUCGCCCAGCGCCGCCUCGUCGCACAGCCACGCGGUGGUGAACUGCACGGUGCCCAUGGACCUGUCGGUGGAGCCUCACCUCGUCAACCACGCUGACUUCCCGCACGCGGUGGCACACAACGGCGCCGUGUGUUCGCCGCCGUUGGCGUCACCGAGUCCGAGCCUGGCCGCGAACGGCGGCGGCCAGGUCCAAGCCCCGGUGGCCAGCACGAACCCGGCCGUGAGCCGGCAGCAGUCGAUCCCACAGCAGCUCGGCUACGGCCCGGCCGGGGGGGCCAUGCCCGCCUUCCAGCCUUUCUUCUUCACCAGCACCUUCCCCGUUAACGUACAAGAGCUGGUAUUGAAGGUGCGUAUCCAGAAUCCCAACGCGAGAGAGAACGACUUCAUCGAGGUGGAGCUGGACCGCCAGGAGCUCACCUACCGCUCCCUGCUGAGAGUCUGCUGCCGCGAGUUGGACAUCAGUGCCGAGCACGUGGAGAAGAUCCGCAAGCUGCCGAACACCAUGCUGAGAAAGGACAAGGAUGUGGCUCGGCUGCAGGAUUUCCAGGAGCUGGAGGUGGUGCUUGAGAAAGCCGAGGGUCUGUCCCUCUUCUCGGGGGCCGGAGGCCUGACAGACAGACCCUGCUACAACAUGAAGGCGUCCCGCCUCACCUACUAGAACCCCCUCAAAGCCUGAGCGCUCCCUGCUUACGACGGGCUUCUGUAGCUACCCUCCAGCAACCAUUAACCAGUUGCCUGCCCAGGUCCCUUCUUGGCUUUGUUCGGCUUUGGUGUUUUGCCAAAAUCCUGACUGGGAUUUAUUUUUCCAACUGUAGCUUUUGUCCUCCUCUGGCCCUCCCGCUGCUUCAGUGUACCCAAGCGGUUCUAAGUGAUUACUGAUGCAUGGUGUCCUCGAUGAUGUGCGAAAGCAUUCGGGCCUCCCCCCCCCCCCCUCUCUUUAUGGCGUCCUCUCCUUCCACUGCACUUUGUGCCGAAGCCCCGGCGGGACAACAGAGGGGGACACUGGCUUGUCUUCCUCACAGGCUGGACACGAACGGGAUUUUGCAAUAGCCUUACACGGACACAAUCCUGCCCUGGCUGCGGACUUUGGUCCCAGGGGGAGAAAACUAGAAAAAAAUAAAAAAACAAAGGGUCUGAGAAGACUCAGAUCGGAGGGAUUUACAUAACUGUCACUGACACUGGGCCAUUCUCAGUCCGCAGGACAGGACCAGUCGCAGCACAGUGGACUCGCACACCGCAGCCGCCCUCCACAGCGACGCCAGACAACGUGUACACACUUUCAUACAUGCUGUAGGCAGAAACCUUAGUGUCUUUCCUGCAGAGAGGAUCUGUUAUUGGCCUGAUUCUUAAGGUGGAAGUAACCUCACACCAGGCGACAUUAAGGUCUCGCGGCCGUCCACAUGUAGAAUGCUUUAAUCUAUAUCCCCACCAGGAUGGACACACUUGAGUUGGAGUAUUCAAUCUCUGCUUAUUUAACAUUUUCAGUCAUACACUGUGGUAAGGAAAUAAUCCAUGACGUUUUGGAUUUUUGUCCGUCUUAUGUGUUCUUCUUGUGUCAGACAGAAUUUGUGUCAUUACAAAGAAAAGCGCAGCAACUUGAAGGCAAGACUUGUUUUUAUUUUCAUGUUUGUUUUUUUUCUUCCCCAGUGCAUCCUCACUCCUGCCCUGCAGGGUGUGUAAUUUCAUGGACUCAGCGUAACACUAAAGCUGUCGACUGAAGUGUUCUUAGUUUUUUCUUUUUUUUUUUUAAAAAAAAAAAAGGGGUUUUUUGAUUUUGACUACUAAAGCAAACCCAUUUGCAGCGACAAAGCGUGAGUCCCAGCAGGAGUCGUGUGUGUGAGAGUCUCCCGCUUCUGAUGUUUGGCUAAUUCUGUGUUUGACUUUGAUUAGGAUCAAAACCAAAAACUAAUCCAGCAACAAAGAAAUGACUUCUGAGCGCCUUCUUUUAUUUUUUUUUUUUCCUUUUACAAAAACGAAGAGGGAAGAAAGGACUUGAUCUUGUUGUAAUGAUUCAGUGCUUCCUUGUUUCUUCCAACUUGAAUAUUUCUUUCUUUUUUGCACUUUGUCACCUCUGUGCGACAACUUUUUUUUUUUUUCUUUUUAAGAUUUAAGAUCCACUUCGGCUAACAUCAGUCCAAUACUAAUCUUGUUUUGUCUGCAACAUUUCGUAGCGCGAUCAGAAAUGAAGAGUUUCUAGACUAACUUUCCAGAUGAACGGUUGAACUGGGGACGAGACGGAGCUGCUCUCCUAGAUACCAUGUUGUUUACGCUGCUUUCAUCUGCACAUUAUAUGACGUUCCUGCGAUUCUCAGUAGGCCGACUCCACACACGUACUUACAAUCAAGACUCUUACCCAGUGGUUACUGUUUACUGUUCAAAUGUAUACCUGAAGCUCUUACUGUAUUUGUAUGUUUUCUGAUAUAUUUUUUAUUAAUUUGUAUAUGUUUUUAACCAGCUAGGCCUGUUGUGUUUGUGUCAACAACAAAACAAAAAAAAAAAAAAA